AUGAAUGGUGGUGUAGCUAACAUUAAACGGAUCUUUACUUCAUCAUAUGUUACACCAUGUCAACAACCAACUACAGUUAUCAGGGAAUUAUCUGAUAUGUUUUUCUUCGAUACAACUAAUUAUGAGUACAUUCCCAAUAGUGAUUCACUUAAAUCUAGCAUGUCUUUAGGCAUUAAACAUUCUAUAUCCUCUAGAGGAAGAGUUAAACAUGAUCAUUCACACUAUAAUAAACACAACGCAUCAUCAUCAUCCCCGGUUGUUAUUGUCGGUGGAGCACAUACAGACAACAAUAAUACGACAUCUAUAAUGACGCUUAAAAACUUCCACUAUCCAUCCAGAGGUAAAUCACGACUGGAUGGUAGUCCUGAUUCAGAGGAGAAGAGUAGUCAUAAUACUACUACGAGUACGACUGCCAGAAGUAAUAGCAAUACCAAUACGGUUACUACUAAUACACCUAAUCCUGCUAAGCACGGCAAUCAAGACAAUUUCCAUGUACAUCCAUAUCACUUAAUCAUCAUGUCCGAGUCAGAAGCAUCACGAGCUAUCGGGAGUGGAGCUGGUGAACUAGUCCAGUUGACACGUAACUCUCUCAUCCAGAUCUGUCCAAGUCCAUCAAGAGCUGACAGUAGUAAUUUAAAUCCAUUGGAUAUAUGGGCAUGGGGUGGACAAAUUGUCGCACUGAAUUAUCAAACAGCUGGUUUAGUUAUGGAUUUGGCGACAGGAUUUUUUGCACGUAAUGGGGCUUGUGGUUAUGUGUUGAAGCCAAGUUUAUAUCGUCAAUUCUCAUCAUUUUUUACACCGUAUAAAACGAAUCUAUUGAAUAUGACAGAAAGACCACCGGAUACAACACCACAGAUACUUCGAUUGAAAAUUGUUAGUGCACAACAAUUACCAAAACCAAGAGGAUCAGUAUCUAAAGGUGAUACCAUUGAACCAUAUGUCGUAGUGGAGAUACAUGGAAUCCCUGUUGACUGUGCUGAACAACGAACUGUCACUGCACCGGCUGGUAGUGCCUCUGGAUACAAUGCUAUAUUUGAGGAUACAUUUGAAUUCUGCGUCCAAUUGGGGAGUUUAGCACUAGUGCGUUUUGUUGUCCUCGAUGAUCAUGCUAUCGGUGAUGAUUUUAUUGGACAGAAUACAGUACCGUUUGAUUGCUUACUGACAGGUUUCCGUCAUAUUCGUUUACGCAGUGAUACAGGAGAACCGAUUCCGUUAGCCACUUUAUUUGUGCAUAUCACGAUAACUAGUAGAACAGAGAAUUCGAAAGAGGAAACUCAUACCGGCCUAUUGCAUAGAUGGCGUUCACGUAAUCGUCAACAAUUGCAGCUGAAAAAAGUCGGUGUCUCGACUUUCGAUGAUAUAUUCAAGGCUACCACAAGCACGCUACGUCAAGCCUGUGAGCUUAGAUCAUCGGUUCUAACAAAUUUCGACAAUUUUCGACGUUUAUGCGGUGAAACCUCGACACCACUAUCUAUGAAUCAGUGUAUUCGAGCAUUGUCAACUAGAGUUGGUAAAUCCUAUGGUUCACCUGACCUAUGGCCUGUACGUAUGCGUAUACGUCCAGAGGAUGAAAUGCCACAUUUAGAGUUGCAAAAUUCAUUUAUGGGCUCUGGACUCAGUGUUUAUCCAAGUUUGAAUACACUUGGUGAUCCAUCACAACUCCCGUUGCCCUCGUCUUCAUCCUCUUCGAUAACCGGAGGAACGACAACACGUAAUUCUUCACUGCGCUUCUCUCCUGCUCCUGGACUGCAUCGUUCACCUUCACUUAUUCUUUCACCAAGAUUAUUUUUAAACAGACGGUUAAAGAGUAGUUCAAAGUCAAUUGAUGAAGAUGCUACAUCCACUCUAUCGAUUGAUGUGAUUGGUUGUCAUAGUACGCAUAGUCAUACGCAUAGUACAACACAUGAUCAUCAUCACUCGCCGUCAGUAUCAACAGUCAAUAUGACAAGACGUCAGAGUAUUCAUUCAAGUAGUAGUAGUAUCUCAUCAUUCUCUGUUGGUCGAAUGGAUAAACUGAAAAAGACUGUCAAUGAAUUUGAAGCUCUUAUUGAAUCAUGCAAAACGUUGAUUAAACAAGGACCAUACCUACGAGUUAAAUUACAACAAACUCAAAGAACUGCUUUAGAAGCGUAUACAACCUUUUUAGAAGGCUUGAAAGCUCCAUCAUCGUCUCAUGCAACUGCCAUAUCAAGACUAACGUCGUCUGCUUCAUCGCGAAGUUCAAGUUCACGCCUGACUACUGAUACUGGUUUAGGACGUUUGAUUUCAUCUAAUUCUGAUGAUCGAAAUAAAAAACUGACCACCAGUUCAACGACAACCACAACAACAGCAAUAACACCUGGUGCUUCUAUCUACUGGAGACGUAUGUCACGUGUAGCUGAUAAUGUCACAUGGAAUCUACGACUAUUAACCGGACAAGUUGAACUGUUAACCUUAUUGUUAAAUGAAUCCAGUGAUUGGAUAAAACAAGCAAAAGAGUCGAGUACAGCGACUGGUUUACUACUGAUUAAACCAGAUAUCAGUAGUAUAAGUAGUAGUGUAAGUGAUACAAAUUCCUCACCGACAUAUUCAUCAAAUCAUAAAGAAGAUGAAUUCUCUAGUGGAAUAAGUUUAGAAUGUCCUGCAGUCAAUAAGCCAGCAUUACCAACUGUUCUACAGCAUGGUAAUAGUAGCAGUAAUAGUAAUACGCGUAGAUCACCCAUUCCAAAUGAUCCCGUUGAAAUGAAUUCGAAUCUAACAAAGAAUUUGCUAACUCCUCUACCAGAAAGUCCUUGUUCAAAUCAAUUGUUUAAUACAUAUGAAGAAUCUGAACUGGCGACACGAUUAACAACAAUGAUGACGACGAGUGUAACACCGCCGAGUAUGUCCUCGUCAUCAUCAAUAUCACCAGCGCCGCAGCUGACCUCAAAACGAUCACCAUCGAAAGUCUCCAGCUUGUAUAACUCUUCCUCCUCUAUCCGAUUGAUACCCACGAUAAAUGAGACUAGAUCUACACUGCAUGAUAAGAUUUCAUUGAGUCCGUCUAUUCUCAACACUGGCAUUAGUAAUAAUAAUAAUAGUACAAAAAAACAAGAUUUUUCAAACAUUAUUGAUCAACAUUAUUGA